AUGGUCGAGCGCGAGGAUGUCUGGAGGGCUGUCGGAUGUAGUCGGUCGUCGGCGCUUGUAGGAAACCACUUCGAGAAGCUGCCGGAUGACAUUGUUGUAUCCAUUCUCACAUCUUUGUCGUCAUCCGCAAACAAUCCCGCUGAUCUUGCUGGCGCAAUAUUGAGCCACAGGAGAUUCAUGCACCUCGCCCAGAGCCAGGUCGUGCUAAGGAAUGCGUCGUUGCGGUGCCUAGCCGUCCGUGCAAAAAACUGGUCUGAAGCGGCAGACAGAUUUCUUCAGAGGUGCGCAGACGCCGGCAACAUAGACGCGGCAUACAUACUUGGCAUGAUCAGGUUUUACUGCGUGCGUAGCCGCAGGACAGGAGCAUCCUUAAUGGUGUCAGCUGCUAAGGGUGGCCAUAUUGAGGCUCUCUUCUCACUUGCCGUCAUCCAGUUCAACGGCAGCGGUGCCAGAAAGCAGGACCGCGACCUCGCUCUUGGCGCAGGUUUGUGCGCACGCGCUGCCAGGCUAGGACACGCCCACGCCACACGCGAGCUCGGACACUGCCUGCUCGACGGUUACGGCGUCACCAGUUCUCCGUUGAACGGUCGGCUCCUCCUAGAUCGAGCAAAGCAGCAAGACAUCGAGAACUACAAGCAGGCAAGCAACGGCUGCUUUCCUACAAAAAUCCAUCAGGCAAACAUGUUCUUGUCUGAGUGGUUUUCGCAGGGCACGCUCGCCGCGGACGCACCACACGGAAGGAGCAUUUCGCCGUUACAAGAUGUGAUCGCCGAUGGAGCUGUGCGACUAUGCUCGAACUCGUUCUGCGGAAGACAGGAGACAAGGAUGCACGAGUUCAGGAGAUGCUCGGCAUGCGCAUCUGUAAACUACUGCUCACGUGCUUGCCAGUUUGUUCACUGGAAAAUGUCUCACCGAUCGUCUUGCACGCCAAGAAACGACGUCAUCAACGAAGCUAACCAACCACAUCUACCAGUAGGACAACCUGAAGGAGACGGCGUUCAAGGACAUGGCCAGUGA